AUGGCAGAUGCAGCGGCGGAGCUAGAUGAAGGGGGCAUUCAAAGAACUCUGAAAGACCUUUUCGCUGGCGCUGCCGGUGGAGUUGCUCAGGUAUUGCUUGGACAACCAUUCGAUAUUGUCAAAGUUCGCCUUCAAACCACCACAAGAUACUCCAGCGCUCUAGAUGGUGCAACCCAGAUCUUCAAAAAUGAAGGCCCUGCGGCAUUCUACAAGGGUACAUUAACACCUCUAGUUGGCAUCGGCGCCUGUGUAUCAGUCCAAUUCGGCGCCUUCCACUACGCCCGUCGCCAAUUCGAACAAUCCAACAGCACCCGCAAUCCCGCCAACCCCACUCUCUCAUAUGGCCAAUACUACCUCUCCGGCGCCUUCGCUGGCGUCGCCAACUCAGUCAUCUCAGGCCCCAUCGAGCACGUCCGUAUCCGUUUACAAACUCAGCCGCACGGAGCUCAACGCCUGUACACCGGCCCAAUCGACUGUGUUCGCAAACUCUCCGCCCAUGAAGGGGUUCUAGCAGGUUUGUAUCGCGGAGAGGCGGUGACUAUACUGAGGGAGGCUCAGGCCUACGGCGUCUGGUUUCUCGCGUUCGAGUACAUGAUGAACGCCGACGCCGCACGCAAUAGUAUCAAGCGCGAUGAAAUUAGCCAAGUAAAAAUAGCGACGUAUGGGGGCUUGGCGGGAGAGGCGUUGUGGUUGUCGAGUUACCCGUUUGAUGUCGUGAAGAGUAAGAUGCAGAGCGAUGGGUUUGGGCCGGAUAGGAAGUACAGGAACAUGAGAGAUUGCUUUGCGCAGACGUGGAAGGGCGAAGGGGCGAGGGGAUUUUGGAAGGGGAUUGGGCCGACGUUGUUGAGAGCGAUGCCGGUCAGUGCUGGGACUUUUGCCGUCGUGGAAGCGACGAUGAGAAUGCUGAAGUAG